AUGUUCAGGUUGCACAAGACCAGGCCUGCUGCUAAAUCAUCAUCAGGGGAGAAAAUUGGUUUCAAACUCUCUUGUUUUAAAGCACUCCAGGUUCCGAAAGGAUGGGACAAGCUGUUUGUGUCUAUAAUCUCUGUGGAGACUGGAAAAACAAUUGUAAAGACGAGCAAAGCAGGUGUUCGUAAUGGGAAUUGUCAAUGGAGUGAGACUUUGACAGAAUCUAUAUGGACUGCUUUACAAGAUGAGUCUUCAAAGGAACUGGAAGAUUGCCUCUUCAAGUUUGUUGUUGCCACGGGAUCAGCUAGAUCUGGAAUUCUUGGAGAGGUUACAGUGAAUAUGGCAAGCUAUAUGAGUUCAAAUGAUCCUCUUCCAGUUUCAUUCCCACUGAAAAAGUGCAAUCACGGUACCGUUUUACAGAAAACAAUAGAAAAGGGAUCGAUUAUAUUGUUGGAUAAAUUUCCGACGACACAUCAUCCCGCAGCAGAGGAAUCAGGAAUUGUCAAGAUUCAAUGCCUGACACCAAGAACAAAACUAAUCAGGGAUGACGAAUCAAAGGAGACAUAUUCCCACAAGGAAGAUAUAAAUGUAGACACUCGGUCUCAUGAAGUGGAGAUCAAGUCAGAGGAGUUUAAUAAUAGUUUAACCGAAAAGAUUGAAGGAUCUUACUCAAGUACAGAUUUGAGCUACACCGCACAUCGGCAUGAACGUGGGAAGACGGAAGCCAGUUUCUCCAACUCAGAUUCACAUCACAGCUAUGACACCGCAGAGGGUUUCACAGAAAGGGACAGUUUCUCGCCAUCAAACAAAUUAAGUGGUGAUGAGCACCCCCUGAACAGUGUUCCACAAGGGAGAUAUCCUGUAGAUAAUCCAUCUGAAUCAAAUCAUUCAUCAUUUAAAUCACGGAUAAGGCAUUCGGAAAACCUUUCGCAAGAAGACCCACAAGAGUUUGCUGCAUCUCCUUUGAGAAUUUCAGGUUCUUCUAAGAGCCUGUUGGAAGCGGCAGAAGAUACAAUCGAAGAACUUCGUAAUGAGGCUAAGAUGUGGGAGAGGAAUGCCAGGAAACUGAUGCUUGAUUUGGAAAUAUUGAGGAAGGAUUACUCGGAGCAGUCUAAAAACCAGGCAAAUUUGUACAUGGAGCUGUCAGCAGCAUGCGCAGAAUGUGAUGGGUUGCAAAAGGAAGUUGAACAAUUGAAACUGUUAGAGAAAUCAACAUCGAAACCAGCAGCGGUGGAGGAUUACACAUUGCAAGAUGAAGGUGCAACCCACUUUAUAAAGGAAUUAGAAAAUGAUGUUAUGUUUCAGAAGGAAUCCAAUGCUAAUCUCGGUCUCCAGUUGAAGAGGAGUCAAGAGUCGAAUGUUGAGCUUGUAGCUGUGCUUCAGGAGCUUGAAGAAAUUAUUGAAAAGCAAAAAAAUGAGAUAGAGAAUCUCUCUGCUCUCCAGUCAAAAUUCAGCGAUAUGGAAAAUUCUAUCCAGAUAAACUUAGAGAAGAACAGGAACUUAAUGCUCCACACUCAACAACUGCAAGAAUCAGAGAAAAAUUUGCAGGCUAAAGUACAAGCACUCGAACAGGCCCUGGAGGAGAAAAAACGAGACACAGAAAAUCAGAGUUUGAACGACCGAAAUUUUUUAGAAAUGGAGACUGAAUACAAAUGCAAGCUAACUGCUAAGGAAAAAGAAAUAGUCAGUUUGAAAGCAAAGCUAUCAGAGGCGCUGAAAAAAAAGCAUUAUUCCACAAAAAUGGAGUCCAUAACCGGAGGUGAUGGAAAUCUAAUCAGAGAAAUUGAAGAAUUACAAGUUAAGCUGCAGGAGCUGGAAAACGACUGCCAGGAGUUGACAGAUGAAAACCUUGAGUUGUUGCUCAAACUUAAGCAAACAAUAGAUAGUUCAACAGAUGGAGUUUUAUCUUCUACCAGUCUCAUGUCCGAAGGGAACAAUCAAGAUUCACAAAUGGAAAAACUCGAAGAGAAGAUGAAGAAGAAAUUGCUCAGGGAGAUUGAAAAUGAUCACAACCUUUCAGUACAAGAAAUUGAGAUCCUGAAAUCGCAGCUGGAAGUUGAAGUUGCAGAACUUAAUAUGGAACUCGGGGAAAAAUGGGCUGAGAUAGAAAGACUUCAGGCCAGUUUGCUGUCAAAAGAAGAGGAGAAUGGGAAUCUUCAAAGGUAUCAAAGAGAAUUAGAAGCCAAGCUUUCCGUUCUUCAUAAUGAAAAAGGCCAGAUAGAAGAAAGAAUGGAAAUUGUGACAAGGGAAGGUGGUAUUGCUACAAAGUGUCUGAAUGACUUGAGAAAAGAUUUAAUGGUACUUAGCAGCAGUGUGGAUUCGCAUGUUUCUGCCAAUAAAAUUCUUGAAACGAGAUCUUCAGAGCUAGCAAGUAGUAAACAGGAGUUGGAGAUCCGAUUAUCAGAGCUAAAGCAAGAAAAUGAAGAGUUGUCUGCACACAUAACUGUCUUGGAAGGUCAACUAACGCAAUUGACCGAUGAGAGGGAGUCAACUGGAUUGGAAUUAGAGAAUUCUAAAACUCAUGUGCGGAUUCUUCAAGAUCAAGUUGCAAGAUUGACAAAUGAAGUGGAGACUCAAAGGAUUGACAUGAAACAAAAUCUACAACAACUGCAUGAUCAAUGGUCAGAAACUCAAGAAGAAUGUGAUUAUCUGAAAAGAGACAAUCUUAAGUUGCAAGCUAGUGCUGAAAGUAUUAUGCAGGAAUGCAGUUCACUUCAGAAAUCAAAUGGAGAGUUCGAAAAGCAGAAAUUAGAGUUGCAACAGCACUGUACCCAUUUGGAGGCAAGAUUGACUGAGUCAGAUAGAAGAUUUGCUGAUUGUUCCAGAAGAGUGCUGGCUUUAGAAGAAAAUAUAUCUUCAGUUCUGGAAGAUAGUGCCUCAAAAGAGAAAAACCUAACUGCAGACUUGGACACACUUCUUGAGGAAAAUGGAAAACAGAAUAAGAGAUAUAGUUUACUAAACCAGAUGUAUUUGGAGAAGAUGUUUGAAGUUGAGAAUCUUCAACGAGAGGUAGGAGAUCUUGCCAAGCAACUUUCUGCAAUUCAAUUGGAUAGAGAGAGAAUAGCUUCUGAAGCUGUGGAUGAAGUGUCUGGUUUAUGUGCAGUCAUAGCCAAGCUAGAAUCGGAACUCAAUACUGCACAGGUUGAAUCCAACACAAAGGUUCAAAACUUGAUGGAUGAACUUGCUGCAUCCAAACACAACCAAGAAAUGUUGAAGGUUGACAACGGAAGAAUGUCAAAGCUGUUGACGAAUUACAAAUCAUGUGAAGAAAAAUUUAAAACCACUCUUAGCAAUCUUGAACUAAAGCUGACAGUUUCUGAGUAUGAACGGCAACAAGUCAUGGAAGAAUCAACCAAAUUGAAGGUUCAAUCGCUGGAGAUAGGAUCUCUUCAGGAUGAAGUUGUGGCUUUGAAGAAUGAACUCAAUGCAAUUAAGUCUGAGAAAGAGAAACUAGAAGCUUCAUUCUGCCUGGUAUCUGGAGAGUGCAAAGAGUUGAGGAUAGAGAGGAGUUCAUUUAUUGAGAAGAUCGCUAUCUUGCAGAAGGGCGUGUCUGAAUUAGAGGACAGCAAACAGAAAAUACUUGCCUUAGAAGAAAAGCUUCUGCGGAGGGAAGGUGACCUAAUGGCGAAGGAGGCUUUUUGUGAACAGUAUGCAGAGAUUAACAGUGAGCUCACCCGGAUCAAGAGAGCAAACAAGCACCUUCAGCAACAGAUGCGACAAGUCGAGGAUGAUAAACUUGCAUGCUUAACAAGAACUCGAUCCCUUGAAGAAGAGCUGAUAUUCUUGAAGGAACAACAGCAGAAACAGGGGGACUCCGAGAGGAAGAAUUCUUGCAGCAACCAACAGCAAGAAGGUGAUUAUGGUUACAAAAUUCCUGAUGGCAGUCAUCCUGAUGGAAUUGAUCCUGCCUCGAAAAUUCGGUCACUUGAGGAAGAUCUGGCCAAGGCUUUGGAAGAAAAUAAUUCAUAUAAACAUCAGCUUAAAAGGUUGAAGUCUGAGGGCCGUAAAAACUAUACAAGAUCUCCUAGAAAACCAACAAUUGAAGGUGAAGUCGUACCAAAAGAGAAAUUUGAACGCACAAAAUCAUCACUAGAAUCAGAGUUAAGAGAUAUUCAAGAGCGAUACUUCCACAUGAGCCUCAAAUAUGCUGAGGUCGAAGCUAAACGUGAAGAACUUGUGAUGAAGCUCAAGACAUCCAACAGUGGAAAGAGGUGGCUGUAA